AUGACCAUGAACGCCCUGGCCGAGAGCCUGCUGGGGCCGCCCGACCCGUCCAAGGCGCCUUUCCUGGACUUCGGGCUCGGGGCCCCCCCGUCGCCCCCCCAGCAGCAGCAGCAGCCGCAGCUCCACCAGCCGCAGCUCCACUCCUACCCCCUGCCGGCGCUGCACCCCCAGCCCGAAGGCGGCGGCGCCUUCCCGCCCUACGGCCGAGCCCUGGCGUACCCGUCCUACCCCGCGGGGCCGGCGGCCGGCGGCAGCCCCCACGCCUUCUACCACCACCACCACCACCACGGCGCCUCCUACUCGCCUUACCAGCAGCCCUCCGGCGCCCUGGGACGCGGCGCGAGGCUGGAGGAGACGGAGCUGGAAAAAACCACCAUAAUUGAGAACGGGGAAAUCCGCAUCAACGGGAAAGGGAAGAAGAUCCGCAAACCGCGUACCAUCUACUCCAGCCUCCAGCUGCAGGCCCUCAACCAACGCUUCCAGCAGACCCAAUACCUGGCACUACCCGAGCGGGCAGAACUAGCGGCACAGUUGGGCUUAACCCAGACGCAGGUAAAGAUCUGGUUCCAGAACAAGCGCUCCAAGUUUAAAAAGAUCAUGAAGCAGGGCUCCAGCAUCCAAGAAGACCAUCUCCACAGUUCCUCCUCUUUGUCCCCAUGUUCUCCCAACAUCCCCCCACUCUGGGACAUCCCCAUGGCGUGCAAAGGGACCCCUCUCCCUCCCAGCAGCUACAUCAACAGCUUCGGACCUUGGUACCACCAGUCCCAACACCAAGACGCCAUGGGGAGGCCGCCGGUCAUGUGA